AUUCAGCGGGCUGGGUGUUACCGACGGGUGAAGGCAGGCCGGUACUCUCGGGAACCGAACGCAGCGCCUGGGACCACACCUGCGGCGAGAAGCUCUCCGAGCGGUAGCGUAGGGCCGCUCCGGAAGGGGCGGGGCUCGGCGCGCGCGCACUCGGCCUCCUCCCGCGACCGCGCUGCGCGCCCCAGGCCCGGCAGCCGAGCGCCCAGCCGCCGAUCAGUCGCCCCGGCAGCCCGCGCUCGCGUCGCUCUAGGCUCCACCCGCCAUUGUAACCCAUAACCUGCCAUGGAGCAUGCCUUUACCCCGCUGGAGCCCCUGCUACCUACGGCUCUCUUAAAAGCCUGUGCUGAUGGAGGUGCCAACCAGUUAUAUGAUAUCACUGAAGGAGAGAGAGAAAGCUUUUUGCCUGAAUUCAUCAGUGGGGACUUUGAUUCUAUUAGGCCUGAAGUCAGAGAGUACUAUGCCGAGAAGGGCUGUGAUCUUAUUUCAACUCCUGACCAAGACUACACAGACUUUACCAAGUGUCUUAAAGUGCUCCAAAGGAAGAUAGAAGAAAAAGAGCUGCAGGUUGAUGUCAUCGUGACCCUGGGAGGCCUCGGUGGGCGCUUUGACCAAAUCAUGUCAUCUGUGAAUACCCUUUUCCAAGCCACUAACAUUACUCCUUUGCCGAUUAUCAUCAUCCAAGAAGAAUCCCUCAUCUACCUCCUCCAACCAGGAAAGCACAGGCUCCAUGUAAACACUGGGAUGGAAGGCAGCUGGUGCGGCCUUGUCCCUGUCGGGCAGCAUUGCAGCCGCGUGACAACAACAGGCCUGCAAUGGAACCUCACAAAUGAUGUGCUUGGCUUUGGAACACUGGUCAGUACUUCUAACACCUACGAUGGGUCUGGCCUCGUCACUGUGGAAACUGACAACCCGCUCCUCUGGACCAUGGCCAUCAAACGCUAACCUGUAGUGUGGCAUCCAUCUUGUGCCUCUGUGUCUCCUGAUCUGCCCAGUUGUUCAUUGCUCAACAUGAACAGCCACAUAGAUGUGUGGGGAUCUAAAUUUGUCCAUAGGAAGCCUUGGACUUUCAGGAUGUUGGGGUUAAGGUAUAGCUGAGCAACAGAGCACUUGUCAUACACGUGAAGGCCUUGGGUUCAACGCUCAACACCACAAAACAAAGAUGUUGGUGUUUAUGCUAUAAAUGCUAGCUCAAUGUUAUAUUGAAGGAGAAAUUGUGUUCUAUUGAAAUAGAUAAGCUUUAUUAUACUCUAGUGAAAAAGCUAAUGUUGAUCAGAACAUUAUAUAAUUCAGUUUUGAUCAUUUUUAUUUAAUUAAUCAGUCCAUUUACCUUAAAAUUCUUCUUUAAUUUUGAAGCACCAAAAGCUGUUGUCAGUGUUGCCUGGGAGUCUAGCACUUCCCGGUGUGUCUGGCAAGGGCUGCCUACCUCUGAGUCUCUCCCAACACUGGACUCCUCUCUAUAAUGCAUGUUAUCUUCCAGAGUGUCGUGAUAGAAUGGCACCAUUUCACUUUGACUUCAUCUUUUGAAAGAAUCACUGACUUAAUUGUUAAAUUUGAAACCAAGCAGUUUCAUGGGCUGUGGGUAUAUGAGAAAUGGUUAUUUAGGAUUUGCUCCUACUUUAGCCCCUCAAGACUGGAAAGCAAGCACUCUGAGCUUUAGAAAUGCAGAGGUCCUUAUGAAAAGCAUGACAAACCCAUAAAGCUUGGGCAGAGGAAUCCAGCAAGCCUAAGCAUUCAGUCCGUUUUAACAUACCUCGCACUAAAAACGAAAAUGUUAAUUCAUGGACCAUAUUGAUUGACAUCACCAGAAAAUUAAUGUGCCAAUGGAGAUAAAUGAACACCACCUGCUGCGGAGUAGACACCUGAAGCCUGUUUCUCCAUCCUGCUCCACCAUGUGCCUGCUUCCUGUACUUCUCCUAGCUAUUCAGUGGAAGGGGUUGUAAUCAUUGAGUGUGAGAAAGAACCACUGAUACAGACUCUUAAGGGCUAACAUGUCGCAGCUUUAGAGCAGAUAAUAUGGUUUCUGAUUUAGCAUAAGCUUGCUGGUGCAUUAAAAUUUAUUCAUGUUUCUUUUUUAUAGUCUUUUUAAAAAUUUUUUAUUAAUUAACUACACUUUAUUCACUUUGUAUCCUCCCCUCCCAACCCCUCCCUUCCUUACCCCUCCCUUCCUUCCCCUUCUCCACACAUUUUUCUCCCAAAGUCCACUGAUAGGGGAAGUCUUCUUUUCCUUCUGAUCCUAGUCUAUUAGGUCUCAUCAGGAGUGGCUGCAUUGUCUUCCUCUGUGGCCUGAUAAGGCUGCUCCCCCCUCAGGGUGAGGUGAUCAAAGAGCAGGCCAAUCAGUUCAUGUCAGAGACAGUCCCUGUUCGCAUUACAAUGGAACCCACUUGGAUACUGAACUGCCAUGGGCUACAUCUGUGCAGGGGUUCUAGGUUAUAUCCAUACAUGGUACUUACUUGAUUAGAGUAUGAGUCUCAGGAAAGACUCCUGUGCUCAGAUUUUUUAGUUCUGUUCAUGAGCUCCCCUACUCAUCUUCCUACCCUUUCCUAUCCCACUUGUUAAACCACAUCUUGCCAAACAAGCCAGGACUUAAGGGCAGCCUGCCCAUCGUGUUACAUUUAUCUCAUGAUUAUGUCACUGACUUCUUGGUGCUACAACAGUAUGAAACUUAAACAUAAAUGGAAGAAGAAAGGGGAUCAGUUGAACCAAUGCCAAGUUCUGACUAGAAAUCAUUAAAAAUCAUUGUCAUUAUUUUAUAAAAAUAUACUGAAAUCUGGAUUUCAAAUCAAAACAGUUAUCAAUGUGCAUGUCAACAAUGGGUUUCUAAGAAAAUGUUCAAUGUUAUCACUUGUGUUUCAUUAUGACUAAUCUCUCAUAAUCAGUGUUUCUGCUUAAAGGAUGACUGAAGAUGUAAUUCAUAAUUAAAAUCUCAUGUAUGACUUCAGACAGCAAUGUAGUAGUAUUAAGUUUUUUCUCUAACCUUUUCCCCUGGACAUUACUCGCUAGAUGACCUGGAUCAGUGAUUUAUAUCUCAUCAUUUUGGACCUUUAUUGCUCUGUCUAUAAAAAUAAAAAUUGAGUGUCAUA